AUGUCGGACAGCAAGGACAAGUCCACCAACCCCAUGCGGGAGCUCCGCAUCCAGAAGCUCGUCCUUAACAUUUCCGUCGGAGAGUCUGGUGAUAGACUUACGAGAGCGGCCAAAGUGCUCGAGCAAUUGAGCGGUCAAACCCCAGUCUACAGCAAGGCCCGUUAUACUGUCCGCACAUUCGGUAUUCGUCGUAACGAGAAAAUUGCUGUCCACGUCACCGUCCGGGGUCCCAAGGCUGAGGAGAUUCUUGAGCGUGGCCUCAAGGUCAAGGAAUAUGAGCUGAGGAAGCGCAACUUCUCCGAGACUGGCAACUUCGGCUUCGGUAUCAGCGAACACAUCGACUUGGGUAUCAAGUACGACCCAGGUAUUGGUAUCUACGGCAUGGACUUCUACUGCUGCAUGACCCGCCCAGGUGAGCGCGUUGCUAAGCGCAGACGAGCGACAAGCAAAAUCGGUGCAUCCCACAAGAUUACCCAGAACGAGACCAUCAAGUGGUACAAGAACAGGUUCGAGGGUAUCGUGAGGUAG